AUGCCUGUUGCCCAGUAUAUCGAGCGAGAGGCCAGUGGGGCUAAGUCCCAAUUUGCGCCAGGUCACAAGAUUCCUAUUCAGCACUUGACAAGGCCGGGUCUGCAGUCUGACAUGGGAGAUCCUAAGCCUGUGUCUGCUCAUCUUCCUACCGAGGAUGGCGGUUACCAGACCUACAAGGCCGCUGGAAAGCUCGAAGGAAAGAGAGCAAUCAUCACCGGCGGUGACUCCGGCAUUGGCCGGGCAGUUGCAAUCCUAUUUGCAAUGGAGGGUGCCUCAAGCUUCAUCGUUUACCUGCCAGCUGAGGAGUCGGAUGCGCAAGAGACAAAGAGGAGAGUCGAGGAAUGUGGACAGAAGUGCUAUACUCUCGCUAUCGACGUUCGCAAGAAGGAAAACUGUCAAAAGAUCAUCAACGAGGCCCUGGAAAAGAUGGGUGGCAUUGACAUUCUGGUGAACAAUGCCGGGUUCCAAAACAUGCUGAGCGAUAUCAGCGAGGUCACUGAAGACCAGUGGCAGACCACCUUUGACACCAAUAUUCACCCCUUCUAUUAUCUUUCCAAGUAUGUUCUUCCGCAUAUGAAGCGGGGAGCUACCAUCAUCAAUUGCGCAUCCGUCAAUCCUUACAUUGGCCGAGCGGAUCUCCUGGAUUACACCUCCAGCAAAGGAGCAAUUGUCGCAUUUACCCGCGCCUUGUCGAACCAGCAGGUGAAGAAAGGCAUUCGGGUCAAUUGUGUCUGCCCGGGUCCAAUCUGGACGCCCCUGAUUCCUGCGACAAUGCAAACCGAGGCCAUGGAACAAUUCCAUGCAGUGCCGAUUGGUCGACCAGGACAACCUAGCGAGGUCGCAACGUGCUUCGUUUUCCUCGCAAGCCAGGACAGCAGCUAUAUUUCCGGACAAUGUUUGCACCCCAACGGAGGUGUCAUCGUCAGUGGAUAG